AUGAACACCAAGGAAGGGGGCGGCUCCGCUUCCCUGCUGGGAACGGAGGGUAAGGCCGGCGAGGCCCAAGGUGGGGGGGGUUCCUCAUCCUCCUCCCCGGCGUCACCGCCUUCGCUCUGCUUCUCGCCGUCGGCGGGGAGUACGGGGAUGGGUUCCACGGAGAGGCAGAGGGAGAAGGCGAGGGUGAGUCGGACUUCCCUGAUUUUAUGGCAUACGCACCAGAACGAUGUCGCCGCCGUGAGGAAGCUUCUGGAAGAGGACCCUUCCUUAGUAAACGCCAGGGACUACGACAGCCGGACCCCGCUCCACGUCGCAUCUCUCCAUGGCUGGAUGGAUGUCGCCCGCUGCCUUCUUGACUACAAGGCCGAUGUCAAUGCUCACGAUCGCUGGAACAACACUGUAACCCUGCUACUCUCUCUGUCUUCUCUUUUGCAAGUCCAUUGGUUCCGAUAUCUCCUAUCUCGCAUCUCUUGGAAGGACUAAAGGAGCAUAGCGCAGAUUAACGCCUAGCUCAUUGCGCGUCGUACUUCUGCUUUUGAAAUGCCCAUCUCUUCCAUGCAGAAGAACAUCGUCAGGCCUUUUUUGAAGAUCUCUGAAACUUAACCUGGUUGAACCUUCAUCUUGAUUUGCUGAGAUCUUUAAACUGACGAUGAUUCGGUUUCUUGUGAUGUCUUUGCUGCUGAUAGAGGAACAGAGAUAUAAUUUCUCAACUCUCGUUUGUUAUGCAUUGCGGCAUCUAUGAGCAUCUAUGUGAAUAUAGUGGUCAAAGAGGCUGCCCAGUUUUUCUGAAAGAAAGCAUUAAAUCCUUGUUCUCGUGAACUUGUUUAUUGACUAUAUAGUUUCCUUCUUAUUGACUCAUUAGCGACUUUCCUCCUGCACAACGAUCCCCCUCGACCUUCCCCCCAAUGAAAAUAUGUUUAAACUUAAAUGAUUGACUAUAUAAUUCAACUACACACUCUGCGUGAUAUCUGAACUAAUGAUCGUGGGUUUUCUUUUUCUGUUGUCAUAAUCUGCAUGUGGUUAUUUGAUUACUCUAGAAAUCUUGUCUCUAGAAAUCCUCAGCAAGAAGUCAUCCGAUACCCUCAACCAUCCCCUUUUCUGAAUAAACUAGCUUAGAGUUCGAGUCCCUUCUCUACCCUUCAUGACGUAUACCACUCAUGCUUCCGAAGUGGCAGACACAACACUAAAAGUCUCCUCCACUCCAUGAUAGCAUUGCAUCCUAUUGAGUUCCCAAACCGUAAUUUCUCCUCCCUGGUUAAGUGGCCAUAUUCACUUGAGAAAUCUCUUACAAACCCAUUAGAGAAUCCUUAUUAUGUGAGAAACAAAAUGUAUCCCUAAUGUUUGAAACCAUGCCAACUCCUCCGUCAAGAACUCAUUCCAUUCACCUACUGUCAGCGAAAUGACCUCUCCGAUCAUCAUCAUAGCUCUUUUAACUUCCUCACCGCCCUUUUCACCAGCCUGCAACGAACCUGACAUUUCUCCUGGUGAUUAUCGUGCUUCUGUCAGUUUAUUGCUCGCUCUUCUCUUAAUCUCCUCCCACGUCAAGCUUUUUCCCUUCCUCCAAUGUUGACCUCCCAUUACCCUUCACUGUAGUGCAUUAGGCUGAAUUGACAUUUUUUUGCCCUCUCUCUAAUAAUAACCUCAUUCAGAGAAGUACCCUCCAUGCUAACAAACUCGUCUGCUCGCUCUCCAUCUUUUCAUCAAUCUGGUUGAGAAACCUCUUAACUUUCUUGUGACCUAAGGCCCCUUGCCCCCUGCCACCUUGGUAUCCUCUCCCUGGAUUCCCAUUUCGUCAUGUUAGCUGAGCACCUGUCUUCAAACUGUUCAGGAGCUGUAAUCUAUUCAGUAGUCUCCUUAGCCAUCUCCUUUGUCAAUGUGUUGUUGUCCUUCUGGGUCGUGCCUCUGCUGUUUCUAGCUACUCAAAUUGGUAAUUUACGGGGCUGUUUGAGCUCCACUACGGGGUAUCAAUGGGAGUAUACAAUCAUCCUAUAUGUUCAAUAUAAUGUGCAAAACGUAAAGGAGACCAAAAAUAUCAGUUAGAGGAGAGGGUGUUUGUAGUCAAUCUCCUGUUCUGGCUCUUUGGGUGAUGUCUAUCUCUGGGGGUAUUGUAAUUGCAUUUUAAAGGGUGAUUUCAUACCGAAAUAUUGGUGAGUCCUGCGUAUUUUUCCAAAGUGAGGUUUGUUCUUUCUUUACAGAGUCUUUAUUGGAUUUCUUUUGAUCAAAACUUGUAUCUUUGGGGCUAAGAUUUGAGUCAUGUUGUUUGAUUACAUCAUUUUUGCUCCUAAGGGAAUGCUAUCAUUUCCCAUCCCUUGCAUUUAGAAUAUUACCAUUCUAUUCUGAUUGUUUUGAUCACCCUUGCAACUUUGUCUUUGACAAUGGGAGGAGGAUUUCACUUCCUUUGAAGAUGUGCCUUUCCUCUCCUGAUUUUGGUUUGGGUAGUUGUUAGUUAAGUGUUGAGAAUUGAUCUUGAUUGAGAUUCUUGAAACUUGGAGAAUGAAAGGAGUUGAUCUUCACGAUCCUCCUCUUCCAGGAAGAUGAAUCAGUUACCACUGCUUGGAGUAGAGUUUCCGUAAUCCCAAAAUCUUACAUCAAUUAUCUUUGUUUCCUGCUUAAGUACGGGUUACAUGGGUUAAUGUGCCAGGACCAUUACAUUAGACUUUAAGUGGAUCUGUUAACAGUCUAAUGAUCCACUUAACAUAGGGAAUGACAGAGAAGGACGAAAAUACAGUGUAAAGAAACAGGUAGAGAGGAAAAACAAUAUUAGAGAGUUCAACACCCCCUCUCAAGUUCAACCUGCAAACAAGAGUCUUUUGAUGGGUAAAUGUGUAACCUGGAGGUACAUUCUUAUAUACUUUUUCCUCCAGAUUUCUGUGAAGAAAUGCAUUCUUCACAUCAAACUGAUGCAUUUCCUAUUCUAGAUUUACUGCCAAUGCUAUAAGUAUCCGGAUGGUAUUCAGCUUUGCAACAGGAGCAAACAUCUCAAAAUAAUCAAUUCCAAAAGAUUGUGAAUAACCUUUAGCCACCAACCUUACCUUAUAUCUUUCCAAUGUUCCAUCAGCUUUAUACUUGGGAGUAUAUACCCACUUGCAGCCAACCACCUUUUUUCCUGAAGGCAAAGGGACUAAGUCCCAUGUACAGUUCUUCUCUAGUGCAUCAAUCUCUUCAUCCAUGACAUGACUCCAUUCUUUGUGUGACAGGGCUUCUUCUAUUGUCUUGGGAAUAAUAAUUGUCUUCAGGCUCAUGAGAAAAGCCUUGUACGAUGGUGUUAACCUAUCAUAUGAUAGAUAGUUGACCAUAGGAUAAAGUGGUUUAUUUAUACAACUUCUCUUACCUUUGCGUAGAGCAAUGGGCCAAUCUAGUUGCUCCUCAUCAAUGGCUUCAGUGAAUUGACGAUCCUCUUCUUGAUCAGUAUUAUAAAUUUGAGAUGUGUCUCUUGUACUUGGACUAGUUUCUUCUGCUGGUCCUCUCUGCAGUGCAGGUAAAUUAUUCAUCUCAGCUGGUAUAUUUUGUGUCCCUACUCUAGGUCGUCUCUUAUACACUUGUAUUUCUUUGAUUCUAGGAAUGGGCGUCUCCUGAAUCAUGAAUUCAUUUGUCCUGUGACUCAGUGGCAGAAAUCGAGUUCUCUAACUCUUGUGGAUUUUUCAUCCCAUAAUAUGGUUAAAACUCAUUAAAAGUCACACUAGCUGAGAUGAAGAAUUUUUUAGAAGUAGGAUUAUAGCACUUAUAACCCUUUUGUGUAGUUGAGUACCCAACAAAUAUGCACUUUAUAGAUUGUGGAUCAAGUUUUCCCACUAUGCCUUGAGCAUGAACAUAAACAGUACAUCCAAAUACCCUGGGACGAAGAUGAGUCUUUAGUUUCUCAUGAGGAUAGAAUUUACUCAAUAGUUCCAUAGGACUUUGAUAUUCCAAUGUUUUUGCUGGAAUCCUAUUAAUAAGAUGAGUACUAGUGAAGACAGCUUCACCCCAAUAUUGCCUCGGAACUUUUUCUUGAAACAGAAGAGUUCUAGUUGUAUCCAGUAAGUGUCCGAUUUUCCUCUCAGCCACCCCAUUUUGUUGGGGUGUAUUAUCACAAGAUGACUCAUGAAUUAUCCCUUUCUGAUCAAAGUAAGAGGACACAGCCGAAUUGUAGUCUCUAGCAUUAUCUGAUCUAAACCUCUUGACCAUAGUUCUGAAUUGAUUAUAGAUCAUUUCACAAAAAGAUUUCACCACUUGGGUGGUGUCUGAUUUUGAUUUUAAGAGGUAAACCCAAGUAAACCUAGUACAGUCAUCAACAAACAAGGUAAACCACCUGCAUCCAGACAAGUUAGUCAUAGGUGCUGGCCCCCAAAUAUCACUGUGUAUACGAUAUAAUGGGAUUGUACUAUGUUCACCAACAUUUUCAAAUGAGGAGCAUUUGUGUUUGGCCAAUUGGCAAAUGUCACAAACUAGAGUUUUUACAUCCACACCUUCAAAUAUAAGAGGAAAUCAUGUUUUUAAGAGAUCAAAGGAAGGAUGUCCAACAUGACAGUGUUGUAACAAUAUACUAUUCCUUUUGUGUUCGCUGACUCCACUCCAAGGUGACUCUGUACAGGCAGAGUGGCACGAUCAUCCUCUUCCCAAUAGAGCAAGCCUCCUUCUUCCUUAACAUGACCAAUCUUCAGCCCCGAGACCUUGUCACACAAUGAACAUCCAUCAUCCUCAAGAAUGAAACGACAAUUAAUAUCUUUACAAGUUUCUGCGGUGAAAUCAAAUGAGCCUUUAGUUUAGGCACAUGUAAAACAUUUUUUAAGUGCCUAAAUGAUUUAUUUUCAAGUUCCCAAUCCCUUCAACUUGUAUAAUCUCACCACCAGCAGUAAUAACUUUCCUCUGCCCAUCACAUUUCGUAUAAUCAACAAAUUUGCACAUAUUUGAGGUCAUAUGGUCUGUGGCGCCAGAGUCAAGUAUCCAGGACAAUUUAAAAAAACUGUUAAAUGCAUAUGAUUUUGAGAAAAAAAUAUGCUCACCUGACUGAACCAAGGACGUAGAGUUCAGCAUAUUCUUGAGUUUCUCUACUUCCUCCCUCAGUCUUUCAAAUUCAUCACCCUUCUGCUGAUUACUAGGAUUGGGAGGUUCCUUUAUCACAGCUUUACCUUCUAUAGUCUCUGCUGGUUGAGAAGUAGCCACAUAUGCCCCCCCCUGUUGAGGUGGUCGUCCAUGUAGCUUCCAGCAGUUUUCUCUUUUAUGCCGCUUCUUCUUGCAAUAUGAACACCAAAGGUUUUCUUUAUUAUCCUACUUCUGGUAUCUUCCUUGUGAUGUAGUGAUUUGGUUUUGAUUUCCCUCCUUUUUCUCUAAUUGAUUCCCCUGAACUUGCUUGCUGGAGGCGAAGGCUGUUGACUCAUUCUUCCCAGUAUUGAUUAGACUCAAUCUACUCUCCUCUUCCAUAACAAUCUGGAUAGCUUCCUCCAGAUUAGGUACCUUCUCACGAUGAAGAAUUUGACCCUUGAGACUUUCAUAAUCAGAGUUCAGUCCCAUUAGAAAUGUAUACAUUCUGUGUUUCAAUGUAUACAUGCGCUCCUCAAAACUAGGUUUCUUUACUGGUCAAUAAUGGUCAAUCUCCCUCCAUGUAGCCUUUAAUUCACACGAAUAUUCUAUAAUUGAUUUACUGCACUUAAUGUGUUGCCUUAGACACCAGGCCAUAAAUCCUCCAAUCGUUGUGUUUCUUUGAACAGCUUUUGUGAAUUUGAUCCCACAAUUUCUCCACGAAUGCAUGAAUAAGAAAUUCUCAUACAUCUCUGGUGUCAUUGUACUUAGCAGCCAUGUAUGGAUAAUAGCCUCUUCUGAUUUCCAUCCUCUAUAUUUUGGAUCUGAUUGCUUCAAUGGUUCUUCUAAAAGGUGAUCUAUUAAGCUUCUUCCAAGAAACAUCAGAUCAACGAACUGCUAUCAUUGAUGAAGAUUUAUCCCAUUGAAUCUGAGUUUCUCUGGGAUAUUAGGGAGAGUAUGAUAUAAUCUCUCCCUUUCUCCAGUCGUCACUGGAGAUGAUACGAGUUCCAUGGAUGACGAAGAGCCUUCCCCUGAAUGCAUUCCGAAAGUCUUUUUUCUUCGUACUUUCAGAAUGCCUCAGUUCACUACUUGUGGAAGGUUUCUUUCUUCCUUGGUGUUGCUCCAACACAGAAACAAGAAUAACAAGAUUCAAGAAGCAAGAAACAAGAAGUAUCUGAUCCUACCAGAAUCAGUACCGUCUGAUACCAUGUUGAGAAUUGAUCUUGAUUGAGAUUCUUGCAACUUGAAGAAUGAAAGGAGUUGAUCUUCACAAUCCUCCUCUUCCAGGAGGAUGAAUCAGUCACCACUUCUUGGAGCAGAGUUUCCGUAAUCCCAAAAUCUUACAUCAAUUAUCUUGGUUUCCUGCUUAAGUACGGGUUACAUGGGUUAAUGGGCCAGGCCCAUUACUUAAACUUUAGGUGGAUCCGUUAACCGUCUAAUGGAUCCACUUAACAUAGGGAAUGACAGAGAAGGACGAAAAUGCAGUGUAAAGAAACAGAUAGAAAGGAAAAACAAUCCUAGAGAGUUCAACAUUAAGCUAUAGAACAGUUUGCAAGGGAAUGGUAUGAAUUAUAAAGUUUCUUUUGUGAGGCACAUGUGAAAUCAUUGAGGGUUUUGAAUGAAUCACUAAUCACCAAUGUUUGAAAUAACUGAGAGUAGGUGAUGUAAUGUCCUCUACCUAAGUACGGAACUUCAGGGCCUGUCGUUUUUGAUUCAAGAUAGAAUGUCAGAUAUUAUAAAAUCAUGAUUGUAUAAUAUUCUUGUCAAGUCGAUGCUUUUGCUGCCACUAUAUUCAAAAUAUCAUCAAACUGGAAGGGAACUGGGUUGGUGGAUAUAUAGGAUUGUGGGCCUUGCUGCAAUCUUUAAGGAUAAACAAGAUAUAUGAUAGGUUCUCUAUUCUGUAUGUUCUGUCUUUUGAAAAGAAUAUGCAUAUAUCAUUCUGCCAUUUUAUAACUAAUUAUCCAAAAAAAUAAUAAUGAGUUUUUUAGACUUAAUAACCUAUGGUACACUUUUGAGAAGUAUGCCAAGCUUGCUUCUGUUGUUAGGAAAAUAAUCAUAAAAUAUGUAUUCUAAAUAUCAUGUUGAGAACUGUCAUAUCAAGCUAGUGAUAAGUUCGUUAUAAUACUACAUAAAUUGGAUAAUCGUUUUUAGUCACUAGUUAUUUCAACAUUCAGUCAUUUUGUUCAGUUCACUGAAGCCACAUUUUUAUUUCAGCCAUUAGCUGACGCAGAAGGAGCUAAAAAGAAAGACAUGAUUGCGCUACUGAAGACACAUGGUGGCUCAUCUUUUGUGAGUUUGACUUAUUCUUGUCUGUUUGAAUGUUCUUCUCUUAAUAUGGUCCACAAACAUGAGUAUUCUCCUUUUGUUAAGGAAUCAGCCUAUCCAUCCUUUCAUAUACACAUUUCUUUCUUUUAGAACUCUUCCAUGGCUUUUUUAAAUGCUAUUUUGGUAAGACUCCUAUGAUACAAAAAAUCAUUUCUGUGGUCCUCAUAAGAUUGCAUUGACUUGUGCAAGUUGUCAUGAGUUAGUGUCCAUUUAUUCUUCCUAUGGCUUCAGUCUAGCUGAAGUUGGUCAUUCCCGACUUAAUUCUUCUAAGGUUUAAGUUGUGUUCUCUUCUUUAAUGUUUGCUUAAGUGUGGUACAAGGUAAUGUUUGCUUUGGCUGUGUUGUUUCUGUGAAAUUUAAAGAUCAACAUAUUUUAAGUGUAAAGAUCUCAUUUGCUUCGUCAUAACUUCCGUGGGAUAACCAUUAUUUUAUUUCUUUCUAUCUUGCUAGGAAUGUGAAAAUAAAUUGGUGGCUCAUUGGAUACCAGAGCUAUUUCAUUUCUUCUUCUCCUUCAGAUUAUAAAGUUUGACACUCCAUGGAAGCCAUUUUUUAUGAUUAAUGUUUAAUAUGAAUGUCACAGGGACAAAAUGGAAGCCAUUUUGAGCCAAAACAAGUUCCACCUCCACUCCCAAACAAGUGUGAUUGGGAAAUUGAUCCUUCUGAGUUGGAUUUCUCAUCCUCGACGAUCAUUGGAAAAGUAUGUGUACCAUUGCUUGUGCUCCUAGUGAAUAUUUCAACUAUUGUUAAUGGAAAAACUGAUCACCAUUCAUGAUCUGGAAUCUAUGGAUGGAUGGUUGUUGAAUGCCCUCUGGCAAGUUCCAGUUAUGUAAUUAUUUUCGGGGCAAAAAUUAAUAUUUAUUUUUAGCGAACUGCCAUAUUGAUGCAGCAUUUGAAACCUGGAAACUGUCUACGAGGUGUCCAAUCUAAAACAUGAGAAGGUUUCAAAUGCCAUGUUUCAGCCUAUGAGACAGAAAACUGCCAUUUGCUAGUAUUUUUCUUCCUUAUUUUUCAAUUUUUUUUCUUGUCAUGCUUCCAACAAUAGAGUGAUGGCUCCUGUGUUCACAAGGUCUACCUCUGAAAAUGUCUAACUUUUCUAGAAGCAACGUUUGUUGACAAGACGACUGUUUUUUUUGAUUGAUUAGGUAGCACGCAGUUGUGAAAUUCGUGUAUUACAUUUGCAAACUAAAUAACUAUUUGUUUACUCAUGUCUGUAAUGUUAACUUCAUGUAAUAAACAGUUAUAUGGUUUUUUAUUCAAAACUUCCAGAGUCACCUCAAUGCUUUCCUUGGAAAUUUUAGUGGCUGUGAUAUUGAACUUUUAUCAGUACCUCCCCUUUCUUACAACAAACCUUGCAGAUUUACUGCUUUAUCGUAUUGCCAACAUUCCUUUUUGUGUAAGAUGCCAGAUAAUUACUUGUGUGCUAGGGCGAUGGAUUUUUAUCUUUGAUUUUAUGCAUUUAAGUGCAAAGGUGAAUUCAUGUAAGAUACAUGAUAGAUAUGGAUGAAGAUUAAAAAUUUUAAAAUUCUCUCAGUAGCUUACAAGUCAAGUUAUGCUCAUUUAAUUAUGCUAGAACUACACAAUGCUAAACUUUUUUCCUGUUUUUUGUCAUUCAAAUUUCUCAUUUGAGCUUUAUUCUCAGUGGUGAUGGCUUUUCUUCUCAGGGCUCUUUCGGUGAAAUACUAAAGGCAUGUUGGCGUGGAACACCUGUUGCUGUGAAACGAAUUCUUCCAUCACUCUCUGAUGACAGAUUAGUAACGUAAGAUUAUGCAUUUGAAUGUUCAUAGAUAGCUAGCAGUGGUUUACUAGAAACUGAAACAACCACUGCAAAAAUAAUGAAUGCUUUCAAGAAGUGUUAUUAUUCCAUUCUGUUGCUAGGCCGUAUAUUUUUUUUACUCUUUUGUAUAUCAAAAUGUCUCGGUGAAUGUAUCUGUCCCAAUGAAAUGAGGGAAAUGAUAACUGGUAGGUUUGGUAUGGCAAAAUUUUCCCUGUUCGACUGGUUUCUAAGGUCAGACAUGCUGAAAUAACACCUUUUUAAACUCAACGAACCAUGGCGCACAAGGGAGAGGAGGUACAGCACAAAGAACAAUCAAUGUCACCUAUAGCCCACAUUUCCUAACUGGUCACAUGUGGUACAUGGUUCCACUUGAUUGCUUUCUCACUCUCCUGCUACGUAUUCAGUUCUUUCAUCUUAGAAACAUGGCAUCUGACGCCUUGAAGAAUUUCUCAAUUCUAAUUCCUACCAGGUUCAAAACGUCCAAAUCACUCUGAGAAGGCGUACAGGCAACAAUUUCGCCUUUGCAAUUCCACAGUAAUCUCUGAGUACUUACAUCAUGUUCAAUGACCAUGUUGAACAUUGUCCCCCCAUCUGUGGUCGGCAAUCGCAUCUUUAUAUGAAGAUGAAAGGAAAAAAUAAAAUUACAAAAAAUCGGAGCGAUUUUAGUCCAUAUUGACAGAAAUAGUGCCCUUUCGGAAUUCAAUCCUUUAAUUUAGGAGGUUCAUAAGCAAAUUGUAUCCGUGCACUGUCCCGAUCUGUGCAUCCAUAUAGAAUAGGAAUACAUUUAGUCGUCAUCCCCUUGCCAUAUGAAAACCUAGCAGUGCAGAACAACACCAAUAGUUCAACGAAUGUUUGAGGAUCAGAUAUGCAAACGAUUAAAUGAUGUCUUACUUGUGUAAAUUUUCUCCCAUAAGGUAGUUUUACAUUUGUAUAUAAAUAUAUCCUUAAACUAUUCUUCACUAAUUUUAACACUAAUAACUACAAAUAAUCAUGUGUCCAAAGAGCACUGUUGGAAACAUUAAUACCUAUCAUUUGUUAUCUUACGUGGGAUUGAUGCCUCACAACUUUAUACACAUAAGUCUGUUUGGUUAAUCUUUGGUCAAAACUUAUUUGGAAUAUAAUGUUGAAAAAUGGAAUUGGUGAAGCUGUGUGCUCUUAUUUCAUAAGAAACAAGAUGCAUACUGUACCAUGAACUUGAUAUUUGAACGUGUUGCCUGCCUAUUUCGUCCUAGCAAAUUCUCUCAGUGUUCUUGUAUGCUGCUAUGCUGUUAUUUUGAAUUUUGCUGUUGAAAGGGUUUUUCUUUAUGCACUCAUUGCUUUCACAUACCUUUUUCAUUGGCAUCGAAUGACAUUACACCAGCCAUUCUGUAAUUUGGUAUAAUUAUGUGAACCAAUUACUUUUGUGCCAGAAGUUUCAGUUUGCAACGCAGAUACAUGCUUGACAAUUCUCCAUUACUUGAAAAUUCACUCAUUUCUCUCUCUAAAUCCGCUUUUUAUUUUCUACAUGAACAGCAAGAAUUUUCAUCUGUGGGAGAUUUUCGUGAUCUAACAAAGUGGGAUUUUUGUCUUCAGGCAAGACUUCAGGCAUGAGGUUAAUUUGUUGGUAAAACUGCGACAUCCAAAUAUUGUUCAAUUCCUCGGAGCUGUCACAGAAAGGAAUCCAUUGAUGUUAAUUACUGAGUAUUUGCGAGGGGUAUAAGUGAUUGGCACUGUCUUAGGUAUGACUUUUCGUCUGAAGUGCAUUGUUUUGUUGAUGUAAUGGAGAUCUUUACUUUUUAUAGGGCGAUCUUCACCAAUACCUGAAGGAAAAAGGCUCCCUUAGUACUCUAACUGCAAUUAAUUUUGCACUAGAUAUGGCCAGGUACAUGCUUAUCCCAAUCUUUCAAGAAAUGACAAUACACUGACAUAUGCCAUCUUGCAAUAGAAUGAUACAUGUCUGUGUUUCAAUGUUGAUGUGAAGGAAAUUUAACGUGUUUGCAGGAUUGGAUUUUUUUUCAAGUUUGUACUUUAAUUAAAAUCUCUAGAUGCCAUAGCAGUAACGUAGAUCUUUUUGACAAUAUACACGUCACAUUUUUCUUAUUUUAUAGAAAUUUAUCACGUCAGUUGUCAUUGACUUUUCUUGUGUUUUUAUUGAGAUUUGGAGAAUUUUCGCAGCCCCCUGAUUGAGUAUUAUUGUUGGCAAUGCUGAAAAAUUAGUUGAAUUGAGAUGCUGCAAGUUCAUGUUAACUUCACUGGUUUUUAAAUACACCAGAUAACAUGUACCAUCUGCAGUUGAAGUGGUUGCUUCUAGUCUUACAAAAAAAUGACUGAUGGGCAUUUUAUUGAAACUAGAAGAAAUGUUAUUCUUUAAUUGGCCUCUCAUAUUUAAAGUAAGAGGGCGAUUUAAUUAAAAAAACUUAGUCACAUUAUAAUGAAGAAGGAUACCUCUAACUUGAUAAUUCAUAAUAAUAGGUCCUUUAGGGGGUUAAUUAUGUUAUAAAGAGCUGAAACAUUGUUCCUUUUUCUAAGCUUGAACUUUGUGCGAGCAUGAUACUCAGAUUGGUCUUUCUCUAUGCACUCUAUCUGGUUUAGAGGUGUGAUUAAAAUCGUGUUUGAAGAGGGUAAGAAUUGAAGAAGCCAAGAAAGAGUGAAAAGGGAGAGAGAAUAUGACGGAAUCAAAGCUUCAUAGUAAGUAGUGGACUUCAUUUAACGUAUAUGGUGUGCCAUUUUUUGUAAAUGGCAUCAGGUUAAGUUCUCUGUUAUCACUGUGAUGAGAUGUUUGGUUUCUACUCUAAAUACUUAGAUUCGAUGUUGUUAGUUCGGAAUAUAUUAUAAAUCUGCAUUCUUAUUCGUCAUUUCAAGUGUUCCUAAGUGUAUUCUAGGGUAGAAAAGAUCACAUUUCGUUGAGAAAUAAAUGAUAGUGACACUGAUGAACUGUAGAUAAUGAUUGCCUACAACAUACAACCUCAAAUCACACAAGACACUCAACCAUUCACCUCAGACCAUAGUAGGGACCUGGAAAAGGGCAGAUCCAACCCAGCCAGGCAGUAGAUCAGAUUGAUUCAGGGCAAUCUUCUGAGGAGCUCGGAUCUCCUGUUACAGGUUUCCACUGUUUACUUUUAACAAACAAAUGCUCCUGAAGUACGUGGUAAAAGCAAGAGACCAAACCUUUAGUGAUAACAUAAUUCAGUGCAAUGAAAGAUACUGCUGUACUAUCUUUUUGUUUUCCUCCAAUCUCUGCAUCAAAAUGUCUCCCAGCACAACCGGGGGAAGCAUAGAGAAGUCCUUUCCGAGUAACUGUUUUUCGUGCGCUUCUUGUCUUCCAGACUAGAUGCCUGCACAGGUUGGGUCCUGCUGUCUGAGCGCUGGGCUUUGUCUGACGAGUUCUCUUCAGGUCUUAUUUUUUGGGUCCACUUCAAAAGAUAAUGGGCCCGAAUUUUGAGCUCUCCCAGCUCAUUGACACUCCUAUCCACCGCAAUAUCCAAACUAAUGCUCGGAACUCUAUUCCAUUAUACAUUUACAAUAUGGUCAACUGGGGGUAAAUAUAUGUUACCCUGUUUUAACGAAUAUUUCUCUACAGAUGCUCCAUCUUUUUUUGUUUGAUGCAGAUGGUGUACUGCUUCUCGUUACAAUGCUUCAUGUAGCUUUUUUCCUGUCAGCUUUAGGGAUGCAGCUUCUUGAUUUUCCAGCUAACAACGCUUUGUUAUAUCCCUCACUUAUUUUAAAGAUCUUAGUUUAGCAGAUUGAUCUGGUAAUUUAAUCAUCAGCAUGAGUUUGGGCAGGACCGUGCAUACCCUAGUUUAUUUGAUUUAGUGAUUUAACUGUGUAAGUUAACCAAUCUGCUUCAAUCCGCAGAGGCAUGGCGUAUCUCCAUAAUGAACCCAAUGUUAUAAUCCACCGAGAUCUAAAACCCAGGUACUAUAAGUAGAAUUUUUUUUCUCGGGUAUAUGGCAAGGUUUUGACUCUGGCACUGAAGGCAAGCAAUACUUUCAGGAAUGUACUUUUAGUGAAUUCUAGUGCGGACCACUUGAAAGUGGGGGAUUUUGGACUGAGUAAGCUCAUAAAAGUCCAGAACUCGCAUGACGUGUACAAAAUGACCGGAGAGACUGGAAGCUGUAAGUGCUAGCUACAACUUUUGUCAUCGUCUAUCAAAGGUGGUUCAUCAUAUUUUUGCACUAAUUCUGUUUGGUGGAAAUCACAGAUCGGUAUAUGGCCCCUGAAGUCUUCAAGCAUCGGAAAUAUGACAAGAAGGUUGAUGUUUUCUCCUUUGGAAUGAUAUUGUAUGAGGUAAGUUCUUUCCCGAAUCUGAUAUUGUAUGAGGCCAAGCCCGCAAUCCGGACUCACAUCCUUGGUGACUUCGUUUAGAUGCUCGAGGGUGAGCCUCCAUUCUCAAACUUCGAGCCGUACGAGGCUGCGAGGCGUGUGGCGGAAGGGCACAGACCAGUCUUUCGCACCAAGGGACUCCAUCCCGAUUUGAAGAAGUAAGUGCCCGUCUUUUCUGUACGAAGUCCAGAUCUGUGUCUUGUGGCUCCCCCAGUCUCUCAUCACACUCCCUCCCUCACGCUUCAGUCUGACUAACUCGUCGAUGCCUAAAUCUGGUCAGGUUGACGGAGGAGUGUUGGCACGCCGACAUGAGUCGGAGACCGCCUUUCCUGGAGAUCCUCAAGGUGCUCGAGAGAAUCAAGGAGGCGAUGCCGCCAGACCAUCCCUUGUCAUACUUCGUGACGAAAAAUUAA